UUUUGAGAGGGCUCCCGUCUGAUGAGAAGCCAUGUUCGUGCUGCCUGCAUAUGUGUCUACCGCUACUGUUCUGAUCGUUAAAGAGUCUUAUUUAACCGACCGGGAACUGUAGCCCUGGUCACACGAGUCCGCGAUGAAAAAAGGAGAGAGGUUUCGGAGGGCACAGGAAGCGCUGGCUGCGAGCUUCUCAUAGGACGAUUCCAAACAUCCGUGAAACAAAUUCCACCAGCAGUGGUUUAUUAGCCUGCUGGCUAAUCCCUUCCCCGGAGACGAAGCUGGCGGCCCUUCGGCUAGAGGCGGAGGAGAAGGAGCUGGGUACCAUGGCCUGGGUGCUGAAGAUGGACGAUGCCACCAUCGAGUCAGGGCUGGUACACGACUUUGAUGCCAGUCUGUCGGGCAUCGGGCAGGAGCUGGGGGCUGGCGUAUACAGUAUGAGUGAUGUGCUGGCGCUGCCCAUCUUUAGACAGGAAGACUCCAGUCUCCCUUCAGACCGUGAGCGCAGCGGUCUGAACCCUCCCUUCCAGUAUGUUCUCUGUGCUGCCACCUCCCCUGCUGUCAAACUACACGACGAGACCCUCACCUACCUAAACCAAGGCCAGUCUUAUGAGAUCCGUAUGCUGGACAACAGGAAGCUGGAGUUAUCGGAGAUAAACAACAGGAGUGUGAAGAGUGUCGUGAGGGUGGUGUUCCAUGACAGGAGACUCCAGUACACAGAGCAUCGGCAGCUGGAGGGGUGGAAGUGGAAUCGCCCUGGAGACCGUCUCCUAGACAUCGACAUCCCCUUGUCAGUGGGUAUCAUGGAGCCCAAGGCCGACCCCUCCCAGCUCAACGCCGCCGAGUUUCUCUGGGACCUCAACAGGAGAGCCUCUGUGUUUGUGCAGGUUCACUGCAUCAGUACAGAGUUCACCCCCAGGAAGCACGGAGGAGAGAAGGGAGUUCCCUUCAGGAUCCAGAUCGACACCUUCAGACAGGGAGACAACGGGGAGACCACUGAACACCUCCACUCUGCCUCCUGCCAAAUCAAAGUCUUCAAGCCAAAGGGGGCCGACAGGAAACAGAAGACGGACAGAGAGAAGAUGGAGAAACGAACGUCUCAAGAGAAGGAGAAGUACCAAUGCUCCUACAACACCACCAUCCUAUCAGAGAUGAGGCUGGAGCCGAUUGUAGAGGAAGUGGGAGACUAUGAGCUGAAGAAGUCCAGCAAGAGGACGCUGCCGGCUGACUGUGGAGACUCGCUGGCCAAGAGAGGCAGUUGUUCUCCAUGGCCUCAUGCCUACGUCGGCUGUCCCCGGACAGCUGGCCCCUCCUUCAGCUCCACACCCCUCUCCACGUACACUGCCUCCUCCGUACCCGACAGUGACUCAUCGUCGCCCAAUCACCAGGCAGACCCUGCCAGCCAAGUCGUCACAGAGCAACUCAGUCCGACAGCCACCAUCCAGGAGACUCAGAAGUGGCUUGUCAAAAACCGCUUCAACAGCUACGCACGACUCUUCUCCCAGUUCUCAGGUUUUGACUUACUAAAGUUGACCCGGGAUGAUCUGGUUCAGAUCUGUGGAGCUGCUGAUGGAAUCAGACUCUUCUACACACUAAAAUCCAGGUCGGUGUGUCCCAGGUUGACCCUCUAUGUGUGUCAGGAGUGUGAGAUAGAGAGCCCCCUGCUGGAGAGACGCUGUAACAGCCAGAACAGAGAGCGCAGUGACACACCUCAUUUAUAUGUGUACCAUGCUCUGUACCUGGAGGAGCUAACUGCGGCAGAGUUGAUCAGGAAGGUGGCGUGUGUGUGCAGUGUUCCACUGGGACACAUCAACCAGGUCUACCGACAAGGACCCACUGGGAUACACAUACUGCUGAGUGACCAGAUGGUUUACAACUUACCAGACGAGAGCUGCUUUCUGAUUGGCACAAUCAAAGAUGAAACGGGGGAGGGGCUCCACCAAAUGGGGGAGGGACUUCACCUGGUUUUGAAGUAGCGAUAGAGGAUGACAUCACUCAACACUCCUCCCUCUGUGUGGAGGGGAGCAGCCUCCAUCCCUCCCUCUCUCCCCCUUGCUGUGUCUAAGGCAGACGGACAGAGAUACUGAACUGCGGCCUUGUUAAUGUUAGAAUCUGACGGGGUGUGACCACUGUUUCAUAUUGAAAACACUAUUACUGAGGGGGGGGGGGACUUUGUUUAUUCUUAAAUGUUUAUAUUGUUGUACGAGAGGAGGGAGGCUUCCCCCCCCCGACACACAGAGAGAGUCAUAUAGAGGAGAGGAGGGAGGCUGCCCUGCCCCGACACACAGAGAGAGUCAUAUAGAGGAGAGGAGGGAGGCUGCCUCCCCCACACAGAGAGUCAUAUAGAGGAGGGAGGCUGCCCCCCACACAGAGAGAGUCAUAUAGAGGAGAGGAGGGAGGCUUCCCCCCCCCGACACACAGAGAGAGUCAUAUAGAGGAGAGGAGGGAGGCUGCCCUGCCCCCACACACAGAGAGAGUCAUAUAGAGGAGAGGAGGGAGGCUGCCUCCCCCACACAGAGAGUCAUAUAGAGGAGGGAGGCUGCCCCCACACAGAGAGAGUCAUAUAGAGGAGGAAGGC